UUAAAAGUCUUUCCAAUAUGGCUGCCCCCUUGGAGUUGUACUGUUGGAAAGGCGACUAUGGAUUACCUUCAGUAGAUGUCGAUUGUUUAAUUGUGCUGGCCUACGCCAAGUUUGCAGGUGCACCGCUUAAAGUCCACAAAAUCACCAACCCAUGGAGAAGCCCUACAGGUACUUUGCCUGCUCUGAAGACCAGGGAUGAAGGAAGCCUCUCUCAACCCAGUAAGAUCAUCAUUCAUCUCAGGAAACAGAUGUACAAUGCAGACUACGACCUAUCGGCAAAGGAGGGCGCAGAUACGCUUGCUUUUGUGUCUUUACUGGAGGAGAAGUUACUGCCAGCACUGGUCUACACACUGUGGAUAGACUCUAAAAAUUAUGUGGACGUUACACGGUGCUGGUAUGCGGAAAACAUCCCCUUUCCUCUCAACUUCCUGCUGCCCAACCGCAUGCACAGCCAACAGCUGGAGAGACUGCGACUCGUGAGGGGUAACCCAGUCCUCGAACCCGGUGAACAGCUGGAGAAAGAGCUAUAUCAUGACGCAUUUGAAUGCAUGACUCUCCUAUCGCAGAGAUUGGCCUCACAAAAAUUCUUCUUCGGAGAUUCUCCAUCAUCGCUAGAUGCGUAUGUGUUUGCACACUUGGCCCCUCUUUUGAAGAUCAAACUGCCUAAUGGAAAGCUCCAGCAACACCUUAACUCUCUGAACAACCUACAGCAGUUCUGCACCAACAUCCUAGCGCUCUACUUCCCUUCUGAUAUACGAGAUACUCCGGGUCGCAAGAUGCAUGUUCAGCCUGACGGUGGAGAUUUUGAUAAUGAGCCCAACAAGCGUCGUAACCAGAUCCUUUCUGUAUUGUUUGCUGUGGGAGCCAUGCUGGGUUAUGCCGUGCUCACUGGCAUUGUUACCAUUAAACGUGAGCUGCCACAGUUGAGGAACUCUAGCCAUGAUGAUGAUGAGGGUGAUGAGGAAGAUGAGGACUAAACGAAAGUGAACCUGGGGAAGCAGACAUGGCAUAAGGAGAUGUAUAAACUAUGACCUCAUUUACUUUAAUCCGUGUACCUUCAGGCAAGCCCCAUAUUGGUGCUUUUUAAAUUAUUAUAAUUAUUGUUAAUACUAUUAUUAAAAAAAAUUAUCCUCCAGUGUCACGAUUUCUAAUUUUGUCAGGUUUUGCAUGCAGCUGGGACUUUUUGAUUUUUAGGUCUUUAUAAAAACAACUUGCCGAUUUAUGUUUAGCUCUUCGUCUGUUACUGCAGAAAAAGACAAGCUUUUAGUUAUAUUUAAAAAAAAAUUCUACUACUAAUGUGAUAAAUAGAUCAUCAUGGAAAUAAACUAAGAGUACUCAAAACGCAGAACAAGCUUGUUAACUUUAACAGCUGUACUGUUAUGCUUCAUCGCUCUCACACUUUUGGGCAUACUGUAAAUAUUAUAUUUUGCUGCAGCGACCAGAUAAAGUUGCUUGCAGACUAAACACACUGACAUGCUAUUAACAUUUUCCGAAACGAAAACUUGCCUAAAGCCAUCAUAGACUGCUUAUCUAAAACCAUCCAUCUGGGAGCUUUCUGAAAGCCACUCAAGACCCAAACCUUUAUAAAUCAGGCAGAUUUUAGAGCUCUCCAGAGGACUUUAAAGAAGAGCUUUAUUUUUUCAUGUCAAACCUUGAGGUUAAAUUGGAGCCUGUGGCUAUUAUACAGCCGACCUGCUCCAUCGCUGUCUCUUACCGGAAACCCAAGGCAUGAUGGGGUCGUCUGUUUUGCUGCUCUGAGGUCGGACCUAUACUUCACCUCACUGGGCCUUCUCCCAAAAUCCUAAAAAUUCUAGAUUACUGUAGGUCACAAUACAACCGUAUUAUUAAAACAGUAAUCGUAAAUAUUUUUGUGUGUGUGUUUGUGUAUUUUGCUGAUUAUUAAUAAAUAAACGUAAGCAGGAGUAUGUUCAAAGUAGUAUUUUUAGGAUUAUAACAACAAACUGCAUAGUUUAAAUGUUGUAUGAUAACGAUUUACAUUAAGGGUUGUAUUUUGGUACUAACAAUGAACAAUACUUCAAUAGCAUUUAUUAAUUUUAGUUAAUGUUAAUAUUGGCAAGAACUAACAUGAACAAUUGUAUUUACAUUAUGUUCACACAGGUUGCAUGUGUAUUACUAUUAAACUUUGUUUAUUUUGCAUUGCAAACUUCGGAUAAAGCCUUAGCAUAAUUUGUGAUCUUUUUCCAAUUACAGCAUUCAGGUAUCAGGUUCAGCAUUUCGAUUAAAAUUGCUGCCAUCCACA